UCUCCCACAAUCCUCAGCUGCUGGAAUGCAGAGGCCAUUUUGAUAGAACCAGACUAAAGGCGACACAUGCACACAUGCUGACAUGUUGCAUCGAGACAGCUCUUUUUGGAAUGUGCCUGGGGCCAGUAAAUAACAUGCUGGGGGCCACACGUUGGACACCCCUGAUUUGGCUAGAAUGCUCCACCUCUUGUAGGAAGCAGGAAGUGUUGUCUCGCUGCAUCUGUUCACCCGCUUCCUUCCUUCCUUCCUUUUCUGCGUCCUCUCUCAACAUGUAACUGAUCCUUCUCAUGUCCUCCCCCGCUCUCUGUCCCUCCCCCUUUCCUCCCCCCCACACGCCCCAACAUGCCCCGCCAGGACGAGAAGUACUGGAGCCGCCGCGUCAAGAACAACGAGGCGGCCAAGCGCUCGCGGGAUGCCCGGCGCCUGAAGGAGAACCAGAUCUCGGUGCGGGCCGCCUUCCUGGAGCGGGAGAACGCCGCCCUGCGGCAGGAAGUGGCCGACAUGAGGAAAGAGCUGGGCCGCUGCAGGAACAUCAUCAACAAGUACGAGAGUCGCCACGGCGAUCUGUGACGCGGAGGAGGAGGAGGAGCCUAACGACAGCAGCACUUUAGAGGAGGAAGUGUGGCGUUGACCAGCAGGCGGCGCCGUGCCACACGUCACAUGGUUUUACUGCGCCAUAACUUCGCCCACUCCCCCCCGCCCACCGUGUAGACAUCACCUCAUGUCACGCCGCUGCUCCGCCCACUUUGAGUAGGGGGUGACAUCACUGUAAGGUCAAGGCCGGGAGUGGGCGGGGUUCUUUUCUACCUACGAAAGGUCUAUUUUUGACAGGAAGCAGGGCGGGGCUGUGAGGAGGCGGGGCCAAGGUGUCCAUCAUGCAAAGAGAAUUCAUGUAUAUUUUUAUAUGCGCGCACGCCAGCAGGACCAGCGGGACCGCCACUUUUUUAGCUUUUAUACACGGGAGGGGGGAGGGGCUCCUGGCUGCCACCAUAAAGAAUCUAUUUUCAGUGAGUGGGGGCCGGGGUGGAGGGGCGGGGGCGUCACAGAAUGUAUCAUGGUCCAAUCAGGUAUUUUCUAUGGUGCAAGAGGCGGCGUGCAGUUGGAGGCGGGCGGGGGCGGGUUCAGAGGUCAGGAGUGGUUGUACAGUCCUUACACUUUGUUUUUGUCUUUCCUGAAAAUAACUUCUUCUUGCUUUGGACGCCGCGUCUGGCUCGUGUCCCCCACUGAGUUCAUUUCACACAAACCGCCCCCCCCCACUGGUGCGCCAACACAUCUAGCACACACACACGCACACACGCACACACACACAGGUCGUGACUCUCUUUGUUGUUGUUGUUGUUUUGGACUUUGAUGGUGCUGAUCUCCACCUGACACACACACACAAACACUGAACUGCCUAUAGACUUUUCUUUGUGUUUGAUUCCUUCUUUGCAUUGAUUUGUGCUGGCGUCUGGAUGAAAGCGUAUCUAGAAUGACACGUCUAUACCUCUCCUCGAAACCUUUCCAGCCAUGGAUGCUCCCUACUGAUAAUACUGUACUCUUCUACUCUCACUAUAUAGAAAUUAUAUAUAUAUAUAUAUAUAUAUAUAUAUAUAUAUAUAUAUAUAUAUAUGUAUGUGUAUGUGUACAUGAUAUCUGCUUGAAACGUGAUUAUAGCUGUAAUAUACAUCAUUGAAUAUAUUACAAGAAAAAAACGAUUGAAAUCAUUUUGUCAGUUAUCUCUCAGGUGUUUUUGUCUGAGUUAUUAAAAAAAUACAGAUAUUAAAAAAUAUACGCAAAAAAAAGAUUUCAACACAGUUGCACAGUUUGUGGCUUGUUGAUUCUGGGGUGGGGGGUUAUAUUAUUCUUAUUAUUAGUAUUGUUGUUAUUAUUACACUUUUUAACCAUGUUUAUUAAACCGCACAUUGACUGACGCUUGACUGACAAGCCCCGCCCACCUUUAGCUGUAAUGUAGUGUGUUAUCUAUUUCUAUCCGUCAAUCAGUCUAUCUAGCUAUUUCUCUAUCUGUUUACCCCAGUGCUGUUAGCUAAAGCGAUGCUAAUGCUGAUCUGACAAUCCGAACAUUUGCUCAGGUGUAUUUGGACCAUCAUCAUCAUCUUCAUCUUCCUCGUCAUUCCAACAUGGCGGAAGGGGGAAGGGCUUGAGCAGACAGUCGGUUUAUUAUUUUUCUUCUUCUCUGUUUUGAUCAAAGGAAGCUUGAAAGAAAGACACCAAAACGUGAACAAACGUUCAACCUUCUGCUAAGCUGUUGUACUUUUCCUCCUACUAUUACUUAAAAUAACUAACUUGUGACUUCGAAUCCAGAGUGGAAAACCUUUCAUGCUCCUGGUGACGCAGGAAGGACGCCAUGUUUGUUUGUUUGUGUGAGUGUGUGUUUUCUAUUCGAGACUUCUGGAUAUUUUUUUCAAUGUGUAUGUGCUGUGGGGUGCAAUGCUCCUGCUCGCCAUUUGGGGGCGUUUUGCCGCCACACGAUGAGCGGUAACAACAUGGUUGUUUCACUUACAUUUCCUUGUUGUGACUGUUAGCUGCCACCACCACCACUACUACUACUACUACUACUACUACUACUACAAAUACUGCUAGCGCCGUCACGCCACACUUUUUAUGACGACACCAAUAAAACGUUGUCCUUUCCCACCA